AGCCACUUCGGUUCAAAUGUCAGUCCAGAGCAGAAUCGACAAGUUUGCAAAGUGCUCAAAGUCCUUAACCGACCCCGAGAAGAGAGAAGCCGACAAAUUGUGUGAGGUGGGCAAGGCGGCUUUGAAGCACUGUGCGUCGCGAUGCGUCGCGAGUGCUGCUGGCGGCCCCGUGCUCCAGGCGUGCCAGGCAGACGGGACGCCGAUUUCAGUGUCGCAGUCGGUGAGUGCGUCCUUGCCCGCUGGGAGAAAGUUUAGGCGCUCUGGCAAGGCCACGUUCGAGUUUUUGACGUCGUGCCAAUUCACUCGCACACUUGACGCUGCAGGGCGCGCGCGCACGAAUCUGUGCUCAGAGGAUCCGCGCCCGCUCACAGAGGGGAAGACUGUACCUCGCAUGUUCGAGGCGUGCAGGGGCUACUGGCGUACCUGCCGGCAGCAUGGGCACAAAGGGCCUUGCGUGCAAGCGUAUUGUUUUGACCGGUGCGGUUUCGAGGCUUUCUCAAGAAUGCUAUCUGCUUGGCACUCUUUGGUUAGCAGUUCGUUCGGAAGCACGGUUGAAGAGCAGGAGUUGUUGACUCUCACUGAGUGGGUAGAGGCGACGGCAUGCGCGUGCCACGACGCCAUGAAUGCAUUCAAAUGGUCGCUCCCUCACCGUUUUCAUGAUUCCGACCUUUUAAAGAAUGUAUAUUUGUCCGUUGCUGCGAUUCGCCAGUCUUUUGACGCCGUCACCCGCUAUAUGCACGCAUGGGUGUUCCAGGCGUUCCGGCUGGCUGAUGAUUGGAGCGACUGCGAGGCCACGUCGUGGAGAGCUCUCUGGUCAAGCCUGUGCCUCGAGGAGGACACCGUGGAUGUGCUCAUAGGGCUCCAGCUGCGUUUUGAAAAUGGGGUUCUUUGGGUCGGCCGCAGCGCGGCGUCCGAUGGCAUCGUGGCAGACAAGAUAGCCAACGUGCUCCUGCGCGUUUGGAAGUUCAAGAAAUACACAGACUCACGCUGGUUGUCGCUUGGCCGUGCGUCGCAGCGCCUGGCAGCUGCUCAACUGUUGGGCCUGAGUGCCAUGCUGGCUUUUGCGUUGGAUCAGCCGCAUGUGUCCGGCUUCUUUCUGAACCAGUUUUGGCGUCGGAGCAGGACGGUUGCUGGGAGUUCGUCGCCGAGGCCGCUCUGGUAUCCCAAGUGCCGGAUGCGGUAUUGGCCAUGAUAAUGAAAGACAACAGGGUUGCCCGAACGGCCCCUGCACUUAGAAGCGCACUGGCUGACAAUAUGGAGUGGAUACGGAGCUUGCCAACCUUUGUGUAUAAAAAGCUCGGCGCUCUGUCUGGGGUCAGUUGGCGCGCAUUGCAGUCGACGUGUGUGCGGGCUGCCCAUAAGGCCGUGGCGUUCUUCAAUUUCCGCGUGCUGAGCGUGGCCGAAAGCUUGCCCUGGACAUUGGUGCGCGGUGACGUCGGAGCCAACCUGUCGGCCCUUAAGGCCGGCCCGAGGCCUAGCAACCGAACAGCUGGAAAGGUUUGGGAUUUGUUGCAGCUCGGUGCUGUCCCGCUGCCUGUUCUGCAGCGCACGGUCGAGCUCCUCGGGGAUGCCCCGUGGUCCACGGUUGUUGUAGAGCAGAUGCAUGGGUCAAUUGCCGCAUUGUCGCGCUUCCACCCCGAAUAUGAAUUGGUGACGUUGCUGUCCAGGACAAUGUGUUUGUUCCUCCACAAGCUGACGCCGAAACCCUCUGUGGAGGAGAAGCACGCGCAGAAACUCGAGACCAAGCUGGGCCGACUCGACCGGAAGCAGCCCGGAAAUGUUUCGGGGAAGCAUGCGUUCGUAAGCGGCAUCAUGGCCACCCUCGCUAAGAAGAGCGUGGGCGAGAGCAAAGUGGCCCGCAGCAGAAAACGCAAUGAAGUCAUCAAAAAGAUCGGCAAGAAAUGGCGUUCGAAGCCAAGGCGCUUCAAGCGCAUAUUCAAGAGGAUCGCUUCUGUGAGGGCUUCCGUCAAAAUACAAGGGCAAGCGGAGAUCCGAGCUGAGCUGGUUGGCCAGCUUGCCGCGGCUCGGGCAAAGCUGAGCAGGGUUUCUGACCGGCCGCCUCUCUCCUUCCAGUCGGCGUAUUUGACGGAGGAGGACUUCUCCCUGCUGGAUGCCGAGUGGGACGCGGCUGGCUACAGUCGCUCGGCAGUGGCAUCUUCUCGACGUCUCCGUUGCGAGGCGCCGCCGAUGAUGUCCGACGUCCUGGCUGGCGCCUUGAGGGAUGCGGAAGAGGUGGAGGAACGGGCGGCCCUGCCGGCAUGGGCGGCGGACGUGGCCGCGCGGCGCUCGAGCUUCGAGGGCGUGGCUUUCGUCGUCCGCGGCGGCGCCGGUGACAUCGGGGUUGGCGUAUUCAUGUUUGCGAUGCAACAGCCGGUGGUGGCAUCUUUCUGCGAGGCCGUCCACGAGCAGACUGCCAUGCCGAUUCUGCCGGAUGGCCCCGAAGCAGAGCAGACCUUCCGAGCAUGGGGCCGCCACCGUUUCAAAGUGGACUGGACCCGUACUUUUGAGGCCGAGCGUUUUGUCGAUGUUCGUGCCAGUGAUGUGGACGUGUACACGGGCUUGGAGUACUCCGAAGAUUGCGUCUUCGUGAGCGCGGCUAAGUUCGCCGUCCCGCUCGACAUUUUCAUAUCCCGAUGUAGCGUGGACGCCCCGGCCGCGGCGGGCCGGGGGAGCGGGGCAGGGGCGUCGGCUCACAGGAAGCCGAAGGGGCCCGCGGCGUCCCAGGACAGGGAUUCUCGCGAGAAGCUCAUGGGAUGCACCAGGAGCGCCAAGCUCAGGCUCGCGUCUUCGUCGUCCUCUAGCGGCGAUUCGGACCUGGAGGAACUCGACAUGGACGUGGCGGACGCUGAAGCGAUGUGGAAGGAACUCCAGGGCGCCCGUGCAGCCCUCGAUCAAACUGAAGACAGCCGUUUUGACGAUUUCCGAGUCGUCUUGCGUGGUAAUAUCAAAGGCGAGGUGUCGAAGAAGGGUUCCGCUCAGAGUUGCCACACGGGAACGGCGAUUGGCCAGGACGUCGUGCAGUGGUGCCGGGAUCGACGUACCCCGUUCUCUGGCAGGUACGGCGUGGAUAAAUUUGAAGCGGGAAACUCGUUCUUCAUGGCAUCUGCGUGGUGCCACCGCAUGCAGUAUUUUUAUAAUCUCGCCCACAGGCACGGUGACCCCCUCCGGCGUUUCACCGCGGAGGAGGUGGCAGGUUAUCGUGCCCAGGCGGUGUAUUUGGAAGCGCGGGAGGCCAUCUGUAGGAGGCCUGGCUGCGCAGAGCGUGUUAGAGAGCUUGAUCGCUUGUUUUGCUGAUGGACUGGAUCGUGUGCGCGCCGCUCUGAGCGUGCCCGCGCAGAUAUGGUCCGAUCAUGCGUCGUAGAUCUUCUCCUGCUCUAUGCUUUGUGCUCUCCCGCCUCCGUUCUGAAUUGUGGACGAUUCGGGCACCCCCAAUUGCCC